AUGGGAAGACGCACCGAAGCGUCUGCUAGCAUAGAGGGCCUCCAGAUCCAGUAUCUGAUCCAGCCGCAGCCCAUCACAAACGGAACAAACUUACUGGGCCUUGUACCCGGAGAACGAGAUGUGGUGAUGGCAGUACUUACAGCCGCGUACAAAGACUCCGCUGACGACGAUGCUGUCAUGAAACAAAUCAAGCCGAUCGUCGAUAAACAGGAGAGUGUCCUGCAACAAGAAGGUUCUCUCCUUCGCUUUGAGUAUCUCAACUGCGCAUACAAGUCUGAGGACUCAAUUGGUUGUUACGGUCAGGAGAACAAGAAGCGUCUUCAGGAUGUGGGCAAAAGUACGACCCGAAUGGCUUGUUUCAGAAGCGUGUUCCAGGAGGAUUCAAGCUAUUUUGAGCAGAUGAGGCGUGGGAAGAGCGUGAUGGCGGAGCUGGCAGAAAACUGGUAA